AUGACUAAUCCUCCUCUCUGUGGAUAUGAAGGUCAUCUAGAUAACAGCGUCGCUGCCAUCUACGAAGCUGCCUCUGCUGAUAUCACAUUCUGUUUAGAUUCUUCAUUUCUAUCUCCUGGUCGCCGGCCCCCUAUCAGUAAGCAAAACAGAUCUGUCGGCCUCUCGAUUUUUGAGGUGCGCCAGCUUCUACUCAAAGGAAUCCUUGUGACUACGUUGAUCUCUGACCCUAUUGUUCGAGUACAGGAAUAA